UUAAACUGAAUACAAAGCAAUGAGACCAGUUGAUAUAUUCCAAGCAAUUUUUGCAUUUUUGGCUCUUGUCAUCCCAAUUUCGUCAGCCCAACCUCUUAAUGACUUUUGUGUAGCACCAACUGAUACCAAGUCCGGCGUGUUCGAAAAUGGGGAAUUCUGUAAGGAUCCAAAGAGAGUUACACCAAGUGAUUUUUUUUACUCAGGAUUGAAUAUACCAGGAAACACAUCAAAUCAAUUUGGUGUCAACGUUACUGCCGUAACAGUUGAACAAUUAAAGGGCCUUAACAACAAUGGUUUAGCGCUAACUCGCAUCGAUUUUGCACCAAAUGGUGUAAACCCUAUCCACCAUAACCCUAGAGGAACAGAGGUUAUGGUAGUCCUAAAGGGCAUUCUCUAUGUCGGUUUUAUCACGUCGAAUCCGGAUCAUCGUCUCGUCGCGAAAAUUCUACGUCCCGGAGAUGUUUAUGUAUUUCCAUUAGGGCUAAUUCAUUUUCAGAAGAAUAUUGGUAAAACUCAUGCAGUUACAAUAUCAGCUUAUAGUAGCGAAAGUCCAGGACAAAUAACAACAGCUAAUACAAUAUUUGGAUCAGUGCCACCUAUUCAAUCUGAUGUUCUGACCAAGUCGUUUCAGAUUGACGAAAAAUUGGUGGCUUAUCUUCAAACUAGAGAUUGGACUCGUCCCUAAUAAUUGGAAUUUUAUGCUUUGGGAAUUUUGUUUUUACUGUGACUAUUUCAUGCAACAAAAUAAUUAUAUGCCUUAGCUUGCUAUAUUUCUUAUUCUCGAGAAUAAAUCUCAUGUUUUGUCACAAAAUAAUUGAGGGUUUGCUCUUUCCUAUAUCAUACUUUAUU